AUGGUAGAGGCUUAUCGGCGUGUGCGGAAUCAAGGCAAUAGGAGCCAAAAUAGGUGUUUAAAAACCUCCUGUUCGACCAAACAAGCAGACGAACUGACUCUGAAUCCAGACUCCGUACCGACUUCCACCAUGAGGUCCAUCACGUUCAGCUUCGCCCUUCUAGUCGUCCUGCUCGCGGCGCUGUCCGACGCCUGGAAGCUCCAGAUCUGGGACAAGAACAACUACAAGGGCACGCGGAUCCACUAUCGCACCGGAACCAUCAGACAAAAGUGCUCGAAUCUCGCUUCCGGCUCCAAGAAUAGAGCAAACAGCCUCAAGUGGACGGAGAACACGCUUUGCGAAGCUAGAUUCUACGACAAGGAUAAUUGCAAGGGGAAGAAGUUGCUCGAGACCGGCUUCUGGGGAACGUGGAAGGGGAACCUUGGAAAAAAUAGCAAUAAAGUCAACUCGUACUUGAUCAGUUGCUCUACUUGA